AUGGCCUGCAUCGUAGCUGGCUUUCCAUCCAACAUAGCAGCCUUGCAGUUUGAGUGGGCGUGGCACAAUUCGCACUUGACCAGGCACAUAACACCAACGGAGCGCAUCUCUUUCGCCACGACUCGAACCAAGACAUCCAAGAGUGGGAAGACAUCACGAAGACCAGGCAGACCAAGGACAUCGAUGAUGGAUAAACUUUCCAAUCUCCAUCUCUUGCUCCGAGCCCCAUAUUUCUCCAAAUGGCCGCUUGAGGUCCGCUUUUUCAGUCAGGACGUGUACCGGUCCUGGCAGACUUGGUGCGAAAGAGUCGACACACACCUUCCCGCUGCUAUCGAGGUGCAGUUCGACCCAGCCCAAACACCAUCCCAUGACGACCAAGAAGAGUUUACUUCCGCUCAGCCUGUGCUGAGAAUGACAAAAGCAGAGCUCAUCGGAAAGGGUGGUGUGCACGGCGUUGACCCCACGUAUGCGCGUUUGAGAAAUGUCUUUGAGAAAAGCCAGUUCCUGCUCGAUGAGGAUGAUGACCACAGAUGUUCCGCAUGUCGAGACAGCAUAGACUUGCGCAGAGACCUGUUCGUCCUCUGCCACACGAAUGGCUGUCAAGGCAUAUCGCACAUCAAUUGCCUUGCGGACCGAUCGCUAAAAGAGGAAAGGUCAGACUCGAUGGUACCUGGUAAAGGAAGCUGUCCAGCAUGCAACCAAAAACAUGCAUGGACGGAACUGAUGCAACAAGUAACUUUGAGAACAAGAGGGAUGAAGGAGGUUCAAAAACUCUUGAAAAAGAAAGGGAAAAGCACCGCUGUAGCAGCCGCAGAAAUACUGGAAAGCGAAAGUGAAGAAGAAGCAGAGGAGAAGGAAGCACUUACCGCACAAGAUGUAGUUGAUGAGGACUUUGGUGGUGACCAUGAGGACGAAGAGGACGAGGAUGACGACAAUGCAUCAGUUGCUUCCACCGCGUCGGUAUUCAGUCCAAACUCGAAAGCCAGGGCUGGUACCAAGCAGACAGACCAUCAAGUCAGGCUUGAGAUUGUGAUUGAGGAUAGCGAAGACGAAAGAUGA